AUGGCGAAGAAGAUUUGUCUAAGCGAAUCCAACGAUCAAACGAGGCCUUCUUCUUCAUCCCCUUCGUUGGCUAAAUCCUUGUUCAUCAUCGACACAACAGGCACGAUGAUCGAUGGGAGUCACGGCUCAUCGCCGUCAAUCUCGCCGGUGCGGCCACGGCAGCGCAGCGCGCAGGACGUCGACGAGGAGUACGGGCGCGCCUUCAAGUCGAGAUCCUUCCUGGACCUCUGGUCGCACGCCCACCGCAGCCUAAAGCACAAUCUCUCCUCCUACAAGCUGUCCUCCAGGCUCAGCUCUAGCUUCAGUGACGAUCAAGUGCCAGCCAAUGAGGAGCCGUCGUCGUGCUCGUACGCCGUGCUCAACGACUUUGUACUUGAGCCGAGCCCGGAGACGCUCACUCGUCCCGGACACCGGCGGAGUAGACGGUGCCAUGGACGACGCCGGGUGGAGACCCUCCUGCUCGAGUACUUCGACGUCACACAAGAGGCCUGCGAGGCGUGCUCCGCGCUGCUAGCGGCAGCCGGAGCCGCGCAGCGGCACCACCUCGUGCUCCGGCGCCUCCUCCUCCGGCUCGGCGCCGAAGGAGAUGAUCGUGCCGCAGCCGCAAGGGACGCACUGGCGCGGCACAUUGGCGGGGACAACCCGCUCUCGCCGGCAGGACGCCGACUGACCGGGUUUAACGACGCGCACGCGCGCUGCGCCCCGCUCUCGAGGCGCCUCGUGGCGACGCGGCGCCGGCUGCGGAGGCUCGCCCGGGCUGCCCGGAUCGCACGGUGCGCGGCCGCCACGGCCAUUGUCGGCGCGUCUGCCGCGGCCGUUGUGGCUGCGAUCGUCCUUGCCGCGCACGCCGUCGUUGGCGUCGGCGCGGCCGCCGCUCUUACCUUCUGCGCCACCAGCACCACCAGGCCCUCGGCGCGCCGGUCAUUCUCCAUCAAGAAGUUGGCUCGCCGCUGCCACCGUGGACGGCGGAGGCGACAUGCCCGCGCGGGGGAGGCAGCGGUGGACGCGGCGGCGCGGGGCGCGUACAUCUUGGGUCGCGACCUGGACACUGUGAGCCGCAUGGUGCGUCGCGCGCACGACGAGCUGGAGCACGGGCGCGACAUGGCGCGCAUCGCGGUGGCGGCAGGUGCGGACGGCGGCGAGCGGCCGCCGCUGCUGCUGCAAGAGGUGGCGAGAGAGGAGGAGGAGUGCGGGGAGGAUCUGCGGUGCCAGCUCGAGGAGCUGGAGGAGCACGCAUGCCUCUGCCUCCUCACCAUCAACCGGAGCAGGAGGAGAGUGACGCAGGAGAUGACUGCGCCUCCUCAUGAUGGGUCGCCGUCGACGGAGACGACGUCCAAAGAUUAG